AUGAGCCCUACCUCAACAGAGCACGACUUCCGAUUCCCACGAAGGCCCGCCGACAGCGGCCCCGGCGACAUCAAGCCGGAGCAAUCAGAGCGCUCCGCUCCCGCCAGGACUAACAAGAGCAUCGGUACCGCCUCACUGGUCACCAACGGGAGCCCCAGCAACACCCACAGGUCCAACACCACCACCACCACCAACAAGUCCAAGAACACCGCAGAGAUGCGCGGCAGCCUCAAGGAAGUCCGCUUUGAUCUCUCAAAGACCCUGGACAAUGCACGAGGCACCUUGUCCAAGACGGACGCCUUCGCCGGUUUCCAGGAUGGCAUCGCAGGGAUGAGCUCCAGCCCGGCCGACCUGGGCAAGGAGGACCCGCUGGCCGCCCAGGUCUGGCGCUUCUUCAGCAAGACGAAGCAGAGCCUGCCCAACCAGGAGCGCAUGGAGAACCUCACAUGGCGCAUGAUGCAUGCCAGUCUGCGCAAGCAGCAGCUCGCCAACGAGUCUUCCAGAUCCGGUGGGAAUGCCCCCAGCGGCAUCGCCCAGUUGCGAAAAUCAUCUGAGCACAAUAUAUCCACCUCGGACCCCAUGAACCUUGACGACUUCCUCGUCGCUGACAAUGUUGCGACUCCCGCCGGAACGGCCAGCAGUCCUUCGCCCGAGCUCUCAAAGCGAGGCGAAGACAAGCCGAUGCGCUCGCACAUCACCGCCAUCCCCAUCAAACACCGCCAGGCCUCUCUCCCGCACUUCGUACCCCAGUCUGUCCCUGUCCCUGCUCACGCGCCCAAUGUUCAGCACGAGUUCGGGUACAUUACGAGGCACCACAGGAAGACGAGCAUCGACGAGAGACGGACUCGCAAGCGGCCAGCCGACUUCUCGCCUCACGUGUCCGGCAUUGGCGGACUAGAAGGGGACGGUGACUUCCAUGAGUACACGCUCGACCAUCCCAAUACAUCUGGCAUGGGUCACGGGCCCAAUCACCCUGGCGUGCCAUUCCCCCUGGACACCUUUCAGAUGGAGAGUGAUCCCAUCAUCACCUCUGCAGGGCCUUUCCAACCGAACUUUGCCUUUUCUCCAGGCACCUCGCCGAUGGCGCACCAUGGGGCGUUCGCCAACAUGUAUAACAACCAGUCCAUGCCCUCCUCGGCCGUGCAGAACACCGAGUUUUAUUCACCGCCUGGAUCGGCCUACCAAUCCGCCGUUUCUACACCCCAUCCCAUCCACGAGGAACCCUUUUACUUUGGCUCCAUGGACGUCCGUCAUCAACGACCACACCCGUUCCGGCCAGCACCAACGACCUUGGCCAACUCGAUGCCAAACCAGUUCAUGUACAAUCCGUCCAAUGGCAACCCCAUGUUCCCCACCACCUCUGGUGCGGACCCUGCCUCCGCCUUCGCCACCAGCAAUUCCUUUGGCCACAUUGACCCAAGUCAGGUCUUUCCAGACCACUCUGUCCGGUCUCCCGGUGUCAGUAUGAUGCCGGACAGCAAUGGCAUGUUCAGCUUUGGGCCAGAUUCGGAUGAUGGAGAGGAAGAUGUUGGUGCUUUCGCUGACCGCAAUAUGACGAUGCCGCAUGACUUCUCCUCAACCGAGUUCGACGCUGAGGGAAUGCCAUCGCAUGGCAACGCGAUGCAGUGGGAUGCGUCCUUGCCUGGGCAAUUCAGCACCCAGGCUGCACGCUACCCGGGUGGGCCGCCUACUGCCAAGCGGGUCACUAUCGGUGGGACGACAACAGAUUAUGUGGACUCCAACGACUGGGAAGGCGGCAAUCUCGGCCGAAGUCAAUCUCAGUCAUUCAGACAUGGCGGAGACCGCCGACAGAAAGUGCCGCGAACUGCGUCAACCCCAGCGGUAAACCGAGGCAAUGCGUUUGAUCGCCUCUCGCGAUCCAAUCCCAAUUCCCCACCGGCAGACGGGGCUGGUCACACGUCCGGAUACUCCUCCGUGAACCCCAGCAGACCGUCGUCACCUCCUGGGUCCAAGAACGGCUCUUCGACGAAUCUGCAGGCUGCUAACACCUCGUCAACCGACGGAACCGCUCCCACUACUUGCACAAAUUGCUUCACCCAAACCACGCCUCUUUGGCGUCGGAACCCUGAGGGUCAGCCACUUUGUAACGCCUGUGGUCUGUUCUUGAAGCUCCACGGUGUUGUGAGACCGCUGAGUUUGAAGACGGAUGUCAUCAAGAAGCGGAAUCGUGGCUCAGGCAACAGCCUGCCUGUGGGUGGAACAAGUACGCGAUCGGGGAAGAAGAAUGCCAGCGUGAAUGCUUCGCACAACAAUUCCGGGACCAACACUCGCAAGAACUCCUCGCUCGCCAUCUCUUCCUCGGCUAGCAACAUCGUUAGCCAGGCUUCGACGCCUCCGGCGACCAACCGCGCCGGCAGCGUCAAUGCCAGCGAUUCCCCAGUCAGCGGUGGGCCGUCGGGCGGCAACACUGCUGGGAGCAGCCCAACAAGUUUCCACGGGAACGCAGGCACAGCGAACGGUGCAGUGGGUGGAAAGGGCGUCGUUCCUAUUGCGGCCGCCCCACCGAAGUCCACUCCCGGACCUGGGGCUUCCGCACUUCCGCGCACAGUCGCAGUAUCCGCCAAGCGACAGCGGAGGCACAGCAAGAGUGCAGCUGACAAUGCCGGGAUGGACAUUGACAGCCCCGAAAACUCGACCGGAUCCAACGAGACGGCCCGUUCGAUCGGUUCGAGCAGUGGAUUCGGUACCAUGUCGAACUCGGCCAGCCUGGGCCUUGCCAACGGCUUCGGCAUGACGCAGAGGCCCAUGGUUGGCUCCGGCAUGAUGAAGGGCAUGCCUGCCGGUCAGCCGCCCGUGACAGUGGCGCCUAACGGUACCGGAACUGGCCCCCAGGAAUGGGAGUGGCUGACCAUGAGUCUCUGA